GUGGUCGCUGCGAGGGGAGGUGCUAGUGUUGUGCUCCUCGGGAUUACUUCAACGCUUCCGUUCGCUGUCUGGGGAUAAAACCCGAUUCUGUUAAGUCAGUAACGUCAGCAGAAGCCUUCUAUGAGAGACGGCGGCGGCGAGCAUCGUGACGGAAGGACGGCGUCAAUUUGAUGUGUAGCGCUGGGCCGCAGGGCUGAGGCAGCGGCGCUGGGAGCUGGUGGAAGAUGCUCUGUGAACUUCGCGGCCAGGAUGUGUCACGCUCCUCCUGCAAGGUUCCCGGAGUGCAGCGGCGGCCAUUGAGCAGCGGCAACGACGGACGGAGUGCAGCGACACCAGGCAGGAAGCGACGCGGCACCGGUAGGAGUGGGUGCAUCUGUGUGCCGCCAAGUGCGUUGUGUUUGCAAGGAGUGACGCUACGACCAACGCUCGGGGCUGGCGGGCACUAGUGGGUGUGGCGCCAAACGAUGAAGCCAGCCAUGGGGGAGUUGAUUGCGCCACCACUUGUCAAGAGGGAGGAUGGGGCCCCAGGCGGCCACCCUGAGGCAGAGAACGUCCCGCCGCCAGGAACCCAGACGCUGACCAAUGGUGACGACACCGCCGCUGCCGGUAGGCUGGGCAUGUCUCCGCUCAAGUUAUCCGCAGCCAACGAAGGGCGCCCCGCCGCCUCGCCCAACAAGGCCCCCCCCAGCGAGGGGCGCCUCACCGCCUCGCCCAAUAAAGUCCCCGCCAGUGAGGGGUGCCCCGCUGCUUCGCCCCACAAGGUCCCCGCCUUUGAGGGGCGCCCGUCCGCCUUUCCUCACAAGGGCCCCGCCCCCUCGCCCUACAAAGCCUCUCCCUGCAAGAGGCGCCCCGCCACGUCGCCCCCCAAGGACCUCGCCUCGUCCUUCGUCGCCGACGGUGCCGUGCGUCGGCCGGUGCUCAUCUUGCACCGCCUCAACGGUCGCAAUCUGCAACGCAAGAGUGACCUUCUCGAGAUGGGCCUCAGCGAGGCCUGCGCCUUAAGGAUCCGGAAGGAGUUGGCGCGCGCCAGGAGGAACUGUCGACGACGGUACAUGCGCAGGAUGACGUCGUACAUGAAUAAGCAACGACGCGCCGCGGAGGACAAGGCCGCUGCCGAGAAGGGUGUGGAGGACGGCGCCACGACAGGCUCAGAAUUUAGGAGACGACUAAAGAAGAGAGAUCAAAGACUGCCACAACCAAGUGUUCUACCUCAGUCACUCCAUUGGUCCUCAGAGAACUUCCAGCCACUUGCUAGUUCCUCUCCAAAAGGCUUGACAAAUGGAGUGGCAGCUUCCAGCCCUUCUCUAAGCUCGCAGACGCUGUCCCCCUCCCGUGAAGGACAUGCACGCUCAUAUGUUUCCAACAGUGAAACAGUGCUGAGGUGUUUGAAGGCGGCGAAUAAUGUUGAGCCGCAAAUACAACAGAAGUGGUAUGAGUCUGCUGCUGCUGUUCCUGGCCCCAUACCCUUGAUCCCACACCAUAACUACUCACCUCAUCCCAAUAUUCCUUACCAGGUGAAUAGAAUACUGGAUUUCACACAGCAGCCUUGCUCGUCCACCCUCCCAGCAGUGACUGACUCGAGGCAGAUUGUGCAGCCUUGUAGAAAAGCCAUCAAUGUAGGUCUUUCCACUAGCCCUCUAAGGCCUCCACUCCUCAUUCCCCUGCCCAGAAUGGACAUUCCAGGGACCAGCCACUCAAGUAACAUUCCUCAUGCCCCCGAGCCCCCCAGGUGGGCAGUUCAUGCAGCACCCAACCCUAACAUGAGGGCACUCAUUUCUCAUCCACCUGAGCCUCCCUGUGGGGGUCCACUGCAGGUACAGUAUGUGGACCCCAGAGCUGCCACUUACUCUCCCCCAGAAGACCAAAGAAGGACCAUGCUUGCAGUGAGGAGGAAGGCUAUGGACCCUCCCCAAAACCCCAUGGCCCUCAUCCCAGCCUCUACAGUUCAGAAUGUUCCCAAGAGCACUCCAGACAUCCAUCAAGGAGCCACCCAUAACUCAUUGUCUAGACUAAGUGUAAGGAAAGACCUCACUGAUGCUGUGGGGAUUGUGAAUGGCCACCACUCUCCACAAUUGCCAAUCUCGUCAGUCCCUCAACACACCGCAACUGUAUUGCCGCAGUUUGUAUCCACUUUGCCAUCUGAUGUACCUUCCACCUCUCGGCACACUUCAGCAAGCUCAACACUGGAAGCUUCUCUAGACUCUUCACAUACUCCAUCCUCAGUCAUCACUCACCCAGCAGCUUUGCCAGUCACUUCCCCCACCAUAAGACCAGCAACCAAUGGGUCCUCACUACCCUCAUCCUCCUCCGAGCUUUCCUUAUUGAUCACAGCUGGAGUUCCUCUUGUACCUGUGUCAUCUUUGAAGGCCACUGCUGCCUCAAACCUAAGCACAGUCACUACAAUCACUUGGACUCCACCCAUAACUGCUGUGCCAGUGGCUGCAGAUCAAGUCAGUUCAUCCAACUCUGUUAUAAAGGAGGUGAAGGAUGAGGCGGUGAUUCCAUAUGAGACCAAAAAGAGCAAAGCUGUCAAAUCCAGGAAACAGAAGUUGUUGGAGCCUGACCAAGCUACAAAUGGCUUUGUAAAGAAAAGAAAGAUAAUUAAUGAGGAGCAGUUGCUUGACACCUGGAGACAAGUUCCCAACAACCAAACACAGUCACUCGGAAGUGAUGAAGAUCCUCUGAACCUCUCUACUACCAGCACCUUGCUAGCUCAGGAGCCCUGCACCUCCCCCACCAAGCAACCCCAAGUUGUGUUGAAGGAAAAUACAUCAGGGGACCAGCCAGAGGUGAAAACCCAAGCUAAGUAUGUGGCAGUGAUAUCUGUGACUCCCACCAUUAUUACCACCACCACCACCAUCACCACUACUGCUGCUGCUGUCACCACCACCGCCUCCCCCACAACACCCACCUGCCAAAUCAGCAUUUUCACAUCUCCCCCAAGUCCAGUGUUAGGCAGCUCUAGGUCCCAAAAGAGAGUUGAGGAUAGCACUCUGAGUGAUGCCAAAACUUCCCCCAAGGUAUCUAGUUCGCCAAGUAAAACAAACAAACAAGAGUCUACAAAAACCCCCUUCAUUGUCACUCCCAAAAAGAGGCUUCGUGCGUUGUUAGAGUCCCCGAACACCCCUGUCAAGGGAACUCCAAUCUCAGUUGUCAAGCACCUGAGUGAAGCCACAGAUGUGUUAGGGCCCAGUGAGGUACAGGCCCGGUCGUCCAUCAUCCAUGCCACCAGCGAGGCAGUGAAGGUCAAUAAGAGUAAAUCCUCAGAGUCUAGUCUAAGUCUAGAAAUGCUGCUGAAUGAGGAAACUCCCUCCUCAACACCUCCUGGCCACACCUCACCAGAAAGUAAGAAAGCAGCCAUUUGGAAUGCUCCUGUCACCAGUACUACCAGCUUCCCCUCACCUGAAGACUCGCCCAACAGCAGAAGAGAAAGACCUCCACCAGCAGCACUAUCUUCCAUAUCACCUGCUGAAAUUUCUCCCAUGGCAGAGAAUGAGCAACUCAAGAAGCUAGUGGUGCGCGUGGAGAGGCUGACGGAGAAGAGCUUCACGGACACCUUCCUUGCCCUCCAGGGCGUGUCUGCUCCAUGCGCUGCCAGACUGUGCCGCCAUCUGAGGGUGCUGCAAGGAGCUGGUAAACAUCAUCGCCCACUGAACCGGAAAAAAGUUUCGCCCAAGAAAGUGUUCUCAGCUCCUCCCACCCCAACACAACCGCCAUACUUUAAGAUUCCACUUCCCCACGUGAUUCCACCUUCCCGGAAGUCUGCAGCACCCACCAGUGCAUCAUCCUCCUUUCGCAAACUGCCACCCCCAAAGCUCACACUUCCCAUGCCCCCGGCCAAGAUCAGCGAGGCGGCGGGGAUUCUUACCAUCAACAGUCUUAAGAGACGGCGACUGAUAGUGUUCAGGAACAAACGUCUGGAGCCAGACCAGACACAGUUGUUGUUAGAUGUAGGGCUGAGUUUGGCCAAGAAAGCCUCAAGAAACUCUACUCUAGAUCGCAUGGGGGCCAGGGGACCCCUCCUAGAUCCUGGAUAUUUUGGCAUCAAGGGGUCAGCCCGGCCCACCCAGAAGCAGGCAAGCCCGGCCAGCCAGGAGAGUCAAGAAGGUGUAUUCCCAAAUAUAAAUAAUCAAAUAAUGCAUACACAAAUCCAACCCCCUGUUUCACUUCAGGAUGGAAAUGCCUAUAUGUUGCAGCAACAGCAGCAGCAGCAGCAACAACAACUGCAGCAACAACGACUACUGCAACAACAACGACAGCUGCAACAACAACAACAACAAAAGCAACACCAGCAGCAACUACAAUUACAACAACAACAACAACAACAACAACAACAAUUACAACAGCAGCAGCAGCAGCAAUACCUUGGACAUGUCCCUCCUAGCAGGGCGCAUCCGACAAUAGUGCUGCCAGCUUCCGGGAUGCUAGGCAUGGGGCCUCACUCAAGACAAAUAUUGGCUCAGGCAACAAACCAUGGUCAGAGAGCCAGGGUGAUGGUAGUGGACCGGCAGGGGCAAAUGACAACAGCUCUGGUACACAGGAAUGGUCAGCACUACACUGUGUACCCUACCCCAGGGCCCCAGAGAGAGAGUCGGUCCCAGGUCGGUCGAGACCCACACGCUCCUCCCCUCAUGUUCAUGGGCUCCACAGGGAUGGGAGCUUCCUCCAGAGAACUAUUUCAGCAGCCAGGAACACAGCCUGCAGUGGCAAGACCCCCCACCUCCCGUGCUGUGCCCCCACCACUGUCCUUCAUGGGACACACCACAGACACAAAUUCUUGGGCCGGUUCACAGCACGGCCAGCAGCCAGCCGGACCAUCAUGGCCCCAUUUGGUAGAUCACUCUCUCAGGAAUUACCCAGUCAUUAAUCACACCAAGCAUGCCAUCCCUGACAAAGCUGCCCUUCCCAACUAUUUUGUCCGUGGUCCUCCACCUCCUUACACCCCCAGACCCUCCCACAACAUCCAGGGCCAACCCCGUCCCAGCACCAUCAUGGCCACCACAUCAAAACUGAGCUCCAGCAACCAGCGGCCAGUAGCGGUGUGGCAUGGGGAUGCAUCUCAAAGAGAGCCACACCCUCAGGGUUGCCUCCCCAUGGACACUGCCACUUCACCAGCUCAGCUGCCCCAGGCCACGGGUGUAGCCAUGGUGGGCAUAGACCCACCAGCCGUGAUGCAGCAAGCAGCAGCACCACCCACAACUCCUGGUGUGGCUCAGAGAGCAACUUUGGUGUCCAGUCCUCAGGAGGUAGUAGAUCCUGGGCCUGAAGCGGCUUCCGGCACCACCCCCGCCCCAACCGCCCCUGCCGCCACUCCCGGCACCUCUACUGGGAACAACAACCAUAAGUGUCGCCAGACCUGGCUACCAGAGGUGAUGGCAGUUAUGGAAGCAUUGCUACUGAAGCUGGUGGAAACUGGGCUGCCAUCCAAGGAGACCUUCAUUGUCCAUACCGUCAGGCAGCUGCUACAUGCACGAUCUACAGGUGUGCCUACUCCUGCCUUUUGCUGCCCCAGCCAUGAGAGGCGAUGGUACGAGGAGUUCUGUGCCACUCACGAGCACUACUUGAAAGCCCAUGAGAAGAUCAGACUGCAGCAACAAGUUCGAGGGCUGAGCCAGGAUGAGGUGAAGGAUUGGCUGACAAGGCUCAAGGUGGAGAUGAUCAGGUUUUAUGGUGUGCCACCCCAGCGCAUCUUCUUCAUGCAUGAGCUGAACUUCUUCCUGGACCAGCAGACUCGUGAGGUGAAGUACCACCGCAUGUUCCCCGGGCCACCCAGGGUAAAUCCUGGCAGCAAGGACACAGUGUCAGUGCUCUUCAUCCUCGGGGCUGAUGGCCAGGUGGGGCCAGGCAUGAUCAUCUUCCCCCGAAUGGUGAUUCCGGAGCGACUGUUUGAGUCCCUCCGCAGCGUGGCGGGGAGCCGGGAGUGGGUACUUGGCUCCUCAAUCAAUGGCUGGCUCACCCAAGACUGUGUGCUGGAGUUUGUGAGUGACGUGUUCGUGCCGUGGCUGCGGCGGCAGGCCGUCCACUUCCCUGUGGCACUGUUUUCCAGCGACUCCAUCUCUGGUGUGCCUGUCCCAUCUGCUGACCGCUUCAUAACCCAAGGUGUCCAGCUAAUUGCAAUGCCAAGAGUGGCUGCAGGUGUUCUGAGCCCCGCUGAAUGGAUUGUGGGGUACCACCUGCGCUGGCACUGGGGACGUGUAGUGAAGGGCUGGAGUGUCGCUCAUGAAAACAAGCCUCUACUAGAGGAAAACUUUGCCUCAUUUAUCAUCCAUUUCCUCAAUGCUCGGGCACUUCCUCACAAGGUGGCACAAAAGUUUGAUAAGCUUGGAAUCUUUCCCUUUGAUCCCCAGGCCAUGUUCCAAUUCCUGCUUAAGUACCACUCCUGGUCCAAGGGAGGAAAGAACCAACUAAAGGAAUAUCCUCAGAGUGUGUGAGAGAAGCUGGUCCCCAUUUGCUGUCUAUGGAAUGGAAUGCUGCACCAGACCUUGCUGCCAAAGUCUAAAACAAUGCCUUAAAAAUGGAAUUUCCUUGAUUCAUCUGAAAUAGCCGUGUUGUGCCCUGCUUCUCCUGCUCAGCACAGACUAAAGCCAUGGCAUCAGUGGAAAGAUAUUUGCAACGUGUAGAAUACAUAGGAAUACAUAGGAAGAACAGACACCAGAAGACCUGGCGGUCUAUUGUGAGGGAGUUUUUUUUUUUUUUUUUACAACUGAUACAUGAGAUUCACUUUUACUGUUCUAGGCAUAUUUUGUUGACAUAUUAAGUUAAUAUAUGCUAGAAAAGUGCACAUUUUCUUCCAUUGUGUAGCUUUAAAGGAUCAGUAGUGAGAUAUGAUUAUGAUCGGGAGACCAGAGGAGGAGUCAUCCUGGGCCAGGUGCUGCACUGUCCGCCAACUCUGGGAACUGGGCAUGGAGGGCGAGAACAUUUGUCUUGGACUGCUCGGCAGAUUACUGGAAUUCAUUUCUUUAAAAAAGUGUAAAGCUUCACUCGGUGGAGCUUCCAUCUGUAUAGCUGUCCAGAACCAUUCUGCCUUUACAACAUGUGCCCUCGGUGAACAGUCCGGGGGCUUCUCAGUCACACUCUGGUCCUCCAAUACCACAUGUGUUGCCUGCUGGUCCUCAAGGUUAGUGAUGAAGCCUCCAUUCGGCUGCACAAGGUCUUCCAUCUGGCUCUGGUCCUCCUCUUGGAAGCCCACCAGCACCAGGAAUGAAGUUAUUCAACAAGAAAUAAAAGCUGCUGACUCAGCAGUUACCAGAUCUCUGCUACAUGUGUUAUCUGAUUGCUUUUACGAAAUAUACUUGAUGGAGAUUGAUGCUCAAGGAACAUACUCCUAAAUCUUCAUUUUUGUUUAUCUUAUAUUCCAAAACCUGCAUAUAGUUAUGCAGGAUUUGGAAUAGAAGAUAAACAUAAAUGAAUAUUUAGGAGUAGGCUAUGUUCCUUGAGCAUCAAUCUCCAUCAAGUACAUUUUGUAAAAGCAAUCAGAUAACACAAGUAGCAGAGAUCUGGUAACUGCUGAGUCAGCAGCUCUUAUUUCUUGUUGAUUAACUUCAUUCCUCCAUGCAAACCCACUUUGCCUUUUAUUUUUUCUUCAUCAAAGAUAAUCUGACACAGGCCUUUGUGCUCUUGAUGGUGACGACACACCACUUGAAAAAUUAUCGCUGUCAAGCAUUAGAUCAGUUGCUGGUGUGGAUGUUAUUUAAUAUAUUGAUGAUAUAUUUUUACAACACCUAUUUCCUUACAGUAUUACACACAUUCCAUCUUCUUAGCUCUUUACUUAUGUAUUUUGACCAUGAAAAGGUCAAGAACAUUUUAUCCUAUUACCAAAACUACAUGUCAAAACUUUCAAAAUCCAUUGCAUAACUAAUUCUGAAUACACACAUCAAGCAAGUUGGAAUAGCUUUGGAAUGGUUUGCAAGCUUUCUUUGCCUCUACCUAGGAAGAGAGAAUCAGGAAUGUUUAACAGCUGUUGAAACAUUUGGCUGUCAGGUCUGUUCUGAGCAGGAGUAAAGGUGUUCAGUGUUAAACCUCUUGAACUGUGUAUCACAAAACUGAAAGUCACAUGGAAAACACGACAGCUUAACCUUUGCCAAGCCCUGCCAUGAAUGGAUCAGCUGGUGUGUAAUACUUCAUUGUGAUUGCUCCUGGAGAAGAGUGGACAGCAAUAUAUUGUUUGUCAUAUUACACUAACGUAAUGAAUGCUGUACUAUAGAGAACAAGCCACCCUUAUCAAACAUGAAGGGAAUCUUGUGUCAGAAAAUUUAUUGUGCUGGUUUUUGUGCCUCUGUUGAAAGUAGGAGAGCCUGUAGUAUGAAAUGUGUUGACCUAAGGCCUUCCCUGUCUUGGUGAAUCAUCAAGAACUUUGCCAUAUUUUCAUACCCAGUCUCUUUUUAUACCCCAGCACAACCCUGAUGAACUAAGUCAAUGCAUGUGCUGUGCACCAGACUCACCAAGUGGAACAUUCACUCAGCUUUUGAUUGCUGAUUCUAAGGUCAUCUGUGCAGUGUUGUGUGUUAGUCAGUGUGCCAGAGUGAUGCAUCUCCCUGUGGAUCUCAUUUUCUCAAGUUUUAUUUGAGUUACUUAUUACAUUGUGAAGGUUAACUUAUCAGCCAGUUUGAGAAGGAAAAACUUGCUAAUAUUUAUUGCAUAUUACUUAUUAUUUUAAUUUAUUUCCUCUUUCAGUGGUUCCCAACCUGGUCUCUGCCCCGCUCCCCUCGGAAAGAUUCGAUUGAUGUUUGCAUGACAAUAAAAGUUAUAACACGUUAGAAGAUGAAAAAAUCUAAUUUCUAACUCUUGAGCCACAUAUAAUAUUGUGGGUGAAUAAAUUAGAAAAUAAGCUUUUAAUAGCGCAUAAAAUUGUAGUCAGUAAAAUCAGUCCACUCCAAUCUCUCUGCCACACCAUUUGAAAUUCCAUCUCACAGCCCCUUGGGGUUCAGCACCCCAGGCUGGGACCCCCUGUUCCUUCUAUAUUUGGUACACACAGGAUGGUAUAAUAGUAUAUGAAAGGGAAUUUUGUAAUUUGUAUUGGCUGCAGCUAUAUUAUUGUACCUAUAUUACAUAAGAGGCAAUGUCUUGUUAACAUUGCAUAUCUGGUAUCUUGCUCUUUUUUAUGAGCUUCAUAAUACUCAGAAAAGACUUUUUUGUCAAAUAUUGAGGAUUGAGGCAGAGAAAAAUACUUUUAUUUUCACCUCCACCAAAUCUGAUCUAUUACUUAGGUCAGAAAUGCCCCGAAGAGAUGACUGACAUGCUUGUUGAUUUGUUGGCACUGCCUGAGCCGCAUCACUGUCCGGCACCGUCAGCAGGACUGUGGUGUUGAGGCAGGAGGUGAAGUGGUGGUGCAGGUGUUCUGUUGUAUCUCAGUGGUGUGUCUACAUCUGGGUAAUGAAGUUUCCCUUUUGUUUGUUUUUGUUUACUAAGGAAAGGUUCUUGUGUUGGGUAAAGGUCAUGUUUUCAUGGGCUCAUUGUCUAUAAUACAUUAUGAAUGGGAUUAUGAUUCUCUGUAUAAAUUACAACAGUACAGUACAGAGCUCAAGAUUUGUUUUAGAGUAACAAAGAGACAGAUUCUUUAAUAGAAGCAAUCAGUGACUUCAUUCUUUACAGAAAAAAAGGGAAGUAACACAUGAGGGUUGAUUGUGAUUAGGUAAAUGAGUGUUGCCCACUGCCCAGUACAGUGAUUUAGAGCUCCCAUACUCUAUCAUACUUGAUAUUGAAUUUCAAAUGAAGGGUGCAGUGAAUUGCUUUACCCAAAUGAUAGGUACCUCUUUGGCUGACUGGACUCUUUCCCACCUGACUGGUUGCAGUUUGUCUCAGGCACUGGAAAGUUUAUUUCCCCUUUUCUGAGCUAGAUAAAUUUCUUGUGCAUUUCAAAACACUAAGAUAAUGAAAAUUAAGGAAGAUUUCAGUCCCCUUCACUGCAUUAAAACCAACUAAAGCAGUGAUCUUAUUUGACAUCCUUUUUGCAAAUUUUUUGUAACUGCAUAGUAAUGCAUUACUUCUCCCUUGUCCAUAAUUACCAAAUAUGAAGGGUUUGUCUAACUUUCAUUAUUUCAUGUCAAUGUUUUAAAUGUGCUUGACUACUGAAGUUCCUGAGUGUUUAGUGAAGGCACAAAGAGACCUUGUGCCUCAGCUGUUCUCAAGACUCACGCACUCAUAAAAUUAAAUAAGGAAUAAUAAAUUGCCUGACCACUGCACAAGUAUGCAAGUACUUUAUGUUUACUCAUUGAGGAAGAUCUGAUGUUUUUGAUUAAUUUCUAUUCUGUUAACUUAGUCAUGGUUUUGUUAAAUGUACUCGCUCAAAAGAAUCAAAUUGUGUUCAUAUUAUGGUUAGGUAUUUAUUUUCAUCAACCUCAUUUGUAUUAAUGCUUGGUUUACUAAGGCUCAGGGAAUAAUUAUUAUUGUGAGGUUGGUCUCAAACACUCCCACCCCAGCACUGUUAUGCCAGGUCUGGCCAGCAACACAUGUACCCAAGCCCAGUCCAUUAGUGAAGUCCACCUAGUGUGUCUGAGCCCAGCUGGGUGUGUGUGUUUGUGUGUGCAACCACCAGCCAGUUGCCUCCCUGAAUGACUUUGCAAGUUACUGAUCUUUGGGAAUGUCUGAAGCCUCACAUCACACCCACACCCUAUCAGGAGGCAAGACAACCCCGACUGACACCCGGUACUCAUUCAUUGUUGGGUGGACAGGGGCAUGGAGUGAAGGAGACUGCCCAUCCGUUUCCACAUAGCCUGAGAAUCAAAUCUGGGACCUCUCGGUUGUGUGGCAAGUGAGAUAACCACUGCACAACAGAGCAGGUGUAUGUGUGGGUGUGACUCCCCACUCUCCAUCACCCUCUUUAAGACUAUUUAAAGCAGUCUUCCCCCUCCCUUAUAGCUCAGCCAUGCAAGAGUUCAACUAAGAACUAUCCAAGAUCAGACUCAGUCAAGAUUUGUCCCAGUUCCCACAAGCCUGAUCAAGAUCUAGCUCAGGUCCAGCACCCACUUAGCCCCCACAAGCUCACUCGCUCAAGGCCCAGCCCUCCUCGACAAGCCUAUCCAAGACCCAGCCCCAGCCCCAGUUCCUACAAGGCCAAUCAAGACCUGGUCCAGUCCACCAUUUCAUCCCAUUCAGGACCCUGAAGUGGACAGUUUCUUCACACAGUUAACAUAUAUAAAAGGAGAACAAGACCUUCACAACAGGAGAGGGAACAGGAGAAACCCUUACAUUGUCCAUUAGUGUUGGGUCCGUGUCUGGCUGGGCGAGGAGGAACUUUACGAUGGCGAGGUGGCCGUGCUCAGCCGCACACAUGAGGGCCGU